ACAUAAUAUACAUUUAUAUUAGAAAUUGAAUAUUGUAAAAUUUGUCACUGGUAAACAUUCAGGCUUGUCAAGUGACAACAUCACAGCUUCAAACGUAAGAACUAACAUUUCCUAAUACAUGUAACGCUUCAAAGAUUCAAUGAAUUAAUUUAAAAAUUCUAAGCAUUUUUUGGAGGAAAAAAAAUGUAAUAUGCACUGUUUGAUGUUUUUGGAAAAAAAUGAAUUAAUUUAAAAAUUCUAAGAUUUAUUUGCAUUUUUUGGUUGAAAAUGGAGUGAUUAUGUAACAGAAUUAACGAACUAAAAUGAGUACUUCUUCUAAACUCUUAAACACACCCAGUAAAGCUAAAUUGGUCACAAACAACCUCAACUAUCGAAUGAAUCCCUCGGCCUAGUGAAAACUGAAUUCUGUCUUCUCUUUGAUGUAGAAGAGAAGAAAAGAGAAGAGGAAAACAAAGUGUUUCUUGACUUUUCUUUGUCAGUUUUUCUUUUUUUAAUUUUCCUCCCAAUUUUUAAUGACUAAAUAAAUGAGUUUGGAGAAAACCUCUUCCGUAGAAGAUUUCUUUUUUUUUUCUCACUAUUUUUUAUAUUUUUUUCAACACUAUUUAUAUUGCCGCAUUAGCUUUAAUAGUUGAUCAUAAAACACAUAAAAUACUUUUCUUAACAAAAUAUUUCUAAAGAGUAAUAAGUGUAAUUUGACUCGUAAUAAUUAGCAUCAAAAUAGGCAAAUUCUUCUCGUUCUAAAUUUGUUUAACGAUUUAUUGGUUGACAAAAAAAAAUUGUUUUAAAGGUUAAAAACAGAGUAACAAAGUAGGUGUUAUUGUACUAUUGUAUACGUAUUAGUACUUGUUAGAAAAAAAAAAUCAUAUAAUUCAAAAAGUGAUAUAUGUUAUAACACUAUUUAUCAUUUUUAAUUGUUUACUGGCCCACUUAUGGUACUAUAUUUGAAAAACAAAAUGCAACACAUGGAGCAACUUAUUGUUUCUUUAAUGAAAAAUCAAGUAAGUAUUUUGAUGCUGAAACUAUAUUUUCAUGUGGCUGAAUUGCAAUAAUAACUAAGAUUCAUGUUUAAUUUUUUGGUUAGUCUUUACUUUUGUAUUUUUUUUUUCAUUUUGAUGUUGAAUUCAUGUCUUUCUAUCUUACUUGUAAAUAUAAUACAUCUACUCAGAGUGAGGAGCAAUCAAAUGUCAAUGUUCAAUCAAAUUCUCAUGUUCAUUCCACUCAGAGUGUCAAGAACCACACAUUUGGCUCAAAAUGCAAAAUAUUAGAUUGGAUUGGAUCUGGAGAAAUUAUUGCAGAAGGUUAUUUUAUCUCAAGUGACCCAAAGGAUGAGGUUCACCAUGUUCCUCUUGGGCCUAGUGCUAUGAAAGUGGGGAUAGAUCUUGUGAGAAAGAAUGAUGCAUUUCUGUGGAGGCCUUCAACAAUUAUGUCUACUAUAGAAGAUGUUGUAGGUAGUAUAAUUGCAUGGCCAACUGAUAAAGUUAUAAUUAGGUAAUUAACUUUUUUUAUGUACUCUUUUAGUUUACUAUAACUUUAAGUUGAAGCAUUACUUAUUUAAAUUUUGUUGUAGCUAAACAAAUGGACUCACAACAAAGACAAGUGCACAAAUGAUGAUGAAUUGAAGGAUGGAGCAAGUUUCACACAUGGUUUACUUUUGUGUAUCUUGUAAUGUUUCUAUUUUUCAUUUUUGAAGUAAAAAUUGUUCAAGAUUAUAAAACUUUAUUAUGUUAUGCUUUCAAACUUAAGUUAGAACUAAGAUCUCAUGAAGUAGACACAUUCAUGGUUUGAAUUAGUUAUUGUUUAAUGUAAUACUUAUGGUUUAUCAA